AUGGCCACUCCUCCUGGCGACGUACUCGUCGCGACCGCGGCGGAUGCUCCAAUCCCAUCCUUAACCACAGAUGAAAAGGUCCAACUUCCUUUUGACCCGAAGGCUCUGAAAGAGAAAUACCUGCAAGAAAGAGACAAACGACUUCAGAAUGGUGGUGUCUUCCAGUAUCGACCGAUCGAGGGAACACUCAAACAUUGGAUCGAAGAUCCAUAUGUCCCACCCGCCCCGCCACGCGACCCGAUCGAGAAGGAAGUAGAAGUCCUCGUUGUCGGAAGUGGCUAUGGCGGUGAGCUCUGCGCUGUGCGCCUUCAAGAGCAGGGAUUCCAUGACUAUAUCAUCGUCGAGAAGGCAGGUGACUAUGGCGGUACAUGGUACUGGAACAGAUAUCCUGGAGCACAGUGCGACAUCGACUCAUAUAUUUAUUUGCCACUUCUGGAGGAAACCGGCUAUAUUCCUGUGGAGAAGUACUCUCAACGUAUCGGAAAGCACUUUGACCUGUAUAAAGAUACCUUAUUCCAGACAGAGAUUGUCGAUCUCCGGUGGGAUGAGUCAACUACUCGAUGGCAGAUUGAGACGUCUCGUCAAGACAAGAUAAAGGCGCGCUUUGUGAUCACGGCCUCUGGCCCACUUCACAGGCCUAAACUACCAGGUCUGCCAGGGAUCGAAGAGUACACCGGCCACUCAUUCCAUUCAAGUCGCUGGGACUACGAGUACACUGGUGGCAAUACCCACGGUGGGUUAACUAAGCUUAAAGACAAACGUGUUGGGAUACUUGGGACUGGUGCCACCGCCAUUCACAUCGUUCCGCAUCUUGGCGACUGGGCCAAGGAGCUAUAUGUAUUCCAACGAACGCCAUCCUCCGUCGCGGUUCGAGGUAACAGACCUACAGACCCAGAAUGGGCCAAAACCCUCAAGAAGGGGUGGCAGCAAGAGCGCAUGGAUAACUACAACAUAAUUGUGAGCGGUGGCGAGGUGAACGAAGACCUAGUCUCGGAUGGAUGGACGAGCAGCAUGGCAAAACUUCGUCCUGGUCCUAAUCAGGUCAAGAAUGCCGACCCUGCAGAAAUUGCCGAAAUCAUCCAGCUGGCCGACUUUGAGCAAAUGAAUUCAAUUCGUGCCAGAGUCGAUUCGAUUGUUAAAGACAAAGCCACCGCAGAAGCUCUCAAGCCAUGGUACAAUCAAUUCUGCAAACGGCCGACCUUCCAUGACCGGUAUCUGCAGACAUUUAACAAGCCAAAUGUCACACUAGUUGACUCCCAGGGCCGCGGUGUCGACCGCAUUACUCCAAAGGGUAUAGUCGCCAAUGGAAAAGAAUACGAAUUGGACUGCAUCAUCUAUGCCACCGGCUUUGAGCUUGCUACGGACUGGUCUCACCGUUCGGGGCUCGAGAUCACUGGGAGAAAUGGUCUCACCAUCACGGAGAACGGCAUCCAAGCUGCGUUGACGUCAAACUUUAUGCACAUCACGAACGAGCAGGCAAAACACAUUGCCUGGGUCAUUCGACAGGCCAAGGAUCGAGGCCUGAGGACCGUCGAAGCGUCGGUCGAAGCCGAGGAGAAAUGGGUCGACAUCAUCAUCGAAAAGGGCAGAGGACGCUACGAGUUCUUGAAGCAAUGCACUCCGGGGUACUACAACGACGAAGGCGACAUUACCAUGAAACUGAGGAGGAAUUCGGUCUACGGAGACGGGGCCGUGGCGUUCCUGGACAUCACAAAGAAGUGGAGAGAGGACAAUAAGCUGGAAGGUCUCCAGGUGACCAAGGAAGCUGCUUAG